AAUUGGGAUAGUUAUUAAUAAUUGUGAUCAUCUUCAUUCGCAAUGUCAUGAUCUUGACUGUCAAUGUCCCUGCGUGAAAAAGGCUGGUGAUCAAUGAUCUAGGCCGUCGUCGGUUUAGGCCGUAUUGACCAGAUUCCUCUCUGACAUGCGCACUGAGACUUAGCAACAAGAAUCAACAAACGAUAAUGGAAUUAUUAAUUCUAAAAAAACGCCAUAAAUUCGCUUCUCUUGUUUUGUGAAGACAGCAUGAAAAUAUUUUGUUUCAAUGCAACAUGUGGGGUUGUACGUCUCGUGUUUUCUUGUUAUUUUAUUAAUAUAUUUAUGUAGUUGGUAGCACGGGCAGCACUAUCAUAAAUUUGCCCUCCCCCCACCCCCGAGACCCUUCAACGUCAAUGAAAUACUCUUCAACGCCACGGUGGACAUCUACUGAAGAGGGUUAAAAUAACAAGAAUUAGACAAGAACCCAAUUAUCAAAAAGUAGAUACAGAAGUCAAGUUCACAGUUAAAAAGAGUUUCAAACAAUGCCCUAGACGUGCAUCACUGGAAAAUGGAUGGCAACCAAAAGAACAUACUCGGACUGAAACCCGAUCAGAGAAUUCGUUUUGAUAAUAAAACUGAGGUCAUGUCCUAAUUACCGAUACUCUAUGGUCGUGCACAAACGAACUGCUGAAUCUUAACAGUGUAUGCAUUCUCGUGACGAUGCCUGCCAAUACCGGUACCAAGAUAUUUGCCGACAAGGAGACCAACAACUGGUUCAAGGCGUGCAUAGCCCUCAGUGUGACAAAGGAAGGACUGACUAACUUUGUUGAGAACACAAUGAAAAAAGUCCACGCAGCACUUGGUAAAUGCAGCAGUUAUGAAAAAGCUAUAAUAUCACAUCACCGAUUCAGUGGUCCAUCAUGGAAAAACACUAAAAGACAUUAUUGGAAAUCAAACUGGUGGGAAAUAGCGAAAUGUUUUCUGCCUCCACAAAAAGGAUACGCUGAUGUGUCAUCGGUUCAGGAAUCAGACUUUAAUGCGGUGAUAAACAUAAUAAUGAACUGCACAGAUUUCAAGAAUUAUCUCUCCUCCUCAUGGCUAUCACCUCCACCGCCUGACCCGCUAUGUCCGUUAGAAAAGGUCCGUCAAAUAGGCAGAGAUUUACGCCACAGUGCCAACUGCAAGACAACAGAUUCUGAACUUCAAGACUAUUUCCAGAUUUUGACCAUGCUACUGGCAGAUCCAGUAUGUCUGGCACAUGAUACGAGUGCAAAUAAAGCCCUCAGUAUACUUACUGAUCUUCAGAAUGACCGCCUCCCUUUGACUGAAUUUGGCAAUUUGAUUCAAGAGUUCAAACAAGCAAUUGAGCGUGUUAAAGAUGCCGCUGAGGAAGACUUCUCGGAAAAGGCAAAACAAUCUCUGGAAGAAGGUUUGAAAAAAAUAAAGGAAGCAUUAAAGGACGGUGAACAAGAGAUAAGAAACAAAAUACAACAGGCUGAUAAUGAAAUAACUGAAAAGAUGAAUAAGGCUACAAGUCAGAUUGAAGAGAUGAAGCUUGAGAGUGUUCAGACAAUAUAUGACAGGACAGAAUAUUGUACUAGGCAGAUUGAACAGAAAAUCGGAGAUGAGACUAAGAAAGCUGAACAAACAAUAACAUCACAGAUAGACACACUGACAAAAAGCAGUGUUAAACUUAUAGAAGACCACACUAGAGAUAGGAUGGAGCGCAUACAACAGAAAAUUGCUGACAAGGCGGGAGAAGACUUCGAAAGACGCGUAGAAGAUCUUCGCUGUAGACUGGUGGACCAUUACCGUGAAACUGUUAGCUACGUGCCUCUGUCUUCUUUGUAUCCUAGUCUCGAUAAGCACGUACAAGAUGUCUAUGUCAGUCCAAAACUACACAGGAUAAAAAUAGAGAAUGAUGGGAGACGCACAAAACAGGAGCAAAUUUUUACGUAUAAAGAUUGCUUCAACCGUGGUGAUAAGUUAUCUAGACGUAUAUAUUUACAAGGCGAGCCUGGCAGUGGCAAAUCGACAUUUGCUUUCAAGUUAGUUAAUGAGUGGUGUAACAUACAUUUGCCUUCAACGGAAUCUACAAAAGAGACAACAGUGUUUGUUGACGUUGAAACCCUAAAAAAAUUUAAGUUUCUCUUUUUCAUCUCUUUGAGAGAUUCAAGACAUCAGAAGGAUGUAAUGCAGAUGAUCAAAACGCAGCUAAUUGAUAAUAUAUGUACGGAGGACGAGCGUGAAGAAGUGAAGAAACUUUGUCUUCAAAUUAUAAAAAAUGAUAUAUGUCUCGUUAUUCAAGACGGUCUAGAUGAAUGGCCUAGUGAUGAAUCUCUACCUUCUAUGACAGGAAUUCCUAAAGAUAACUGCAUCAUGCUCACAACGUCUCGACCAUGGAAACUAAGUGAUGAACGUAUCAAAAAUUCUCAAAUAGAUAUUCUGUUAGAAGUUGAGGGUAUAAGCGAUACUGAAGCAUUCAGUGAAAGAAUACUACGAUGCUUACUUGAAGAAUCAAUGGAUAUCAAAAAAAGUGUGAAGCAAUUCAACGUAUUCCUCGAGAGUCGCAACCUUGAGUCGAUAUCAUCUUCCCCUAUGUUGCACGCACUUGUCCUCUGUACCUGGGUAGAUGAUACGGCUGAGCGUCUCACCGGAUCUUCACUAUGUGAUCUGUACACUACCCUUCUUGACUGUUUAUGCAAAAAAGCCACUCAUGACAUGUCUUAUUUCAACAAAUUGAAUCCACCGCCAGUAAAGAACUUUGAAGGUUCAAAAUAUCUAAAAUCAAAUAAGGCUCACAUAGAUUCCAUUGCUGAAGCUGCGUUCUCUUUUUUGUUUUCAAAUGAAAAAGAGACAUCAAUAGUUUUUAGCGAUGUCAAAUUGUCAGACUUUUUGCUUCCAUCUGCAAAAGAGUUCGCACUAAAAUCAGGGUUAUUAACCAAAAGGAAAUCUAAAAAAGCUACUGAUACGACUUGUAGGUUUGUCCACAAAACUUUUCAGGAAUUCUUAACUGCUUAUCAUAUCGCCAACAAUGCAGACGCUGUGUAUGACGUCGUUUCCGAUUAUCUCAAACGCCAUAGCGAUUCAUAUCUUGAUAUAUCUCAAAUGUUCAUUUACCUGUGUGGCUUGAACAUCUCGGCAGCGAAUAAACUAUCUGCACUGAUGAAUGAGCACGGCAAGUAUAAUCAAAAUUUGAUCCUUUCCGGCUACAGGGAGGCUAUGGCCAACAAGAACACCCAAAUACACCUGCAUAUGAGUCACUUUGGCUUCAACUAUGAUAAUGAUGCUGAAGAGUUGUCUCACAUCUUGGCACUGAACACUUCACGUGCACAAUCUUUACACAUUAAGUUGGAGAGAACUAGGGUAUCAAUAUGUGCACAAGACGCGUUGUCUACUCGUUGUCAGAAAUCUGGACCUGUUUCCUUGCCCGCAUGUGAUGAUCCUGGUCCCUCUACACUUACACGAAAAGAUUGGGUAGAAUUCAGUUCGUCUUCAUGUUGUGUGGUGUUGGAUUUGUCAUGGUGUCACAACCUGGAACGGAUGUUUAUCAGGUGUAAUGCAACAGUGCAACCGAGUGCACUGGUGGGUCUUAACAGGUUGAAAGAUCUGUGGUUAUUUGGAGGUUGUAAAUGUAGAGCGCUUGACUUGUCACAUCAUGAACACUUAGAAUCAAUUACUCUGGACGAUGGAGUAACUUUAUUACCACUCUCUGUUAAUAAUUAUAAAAGUCUUAAAUGUAUUGAAAUAUAUACAACUUAUGACGGACUGGAUUUGUCGCUGUUUGAAAAUUUAUCUUCGAUAGCAAUCAGCAAUAAGGUGAAAUUGUUACCAAAACGACCUCUCAUUCAAUACAAACAAAAACUGACUCGGAUUGCCUUAUACAGAUUUAAAUUGAACAGUGUUGACAAUGAAGCCAAUCAAACAUGGUGUCUAUUAAACGGUGAAGAUUUAGUACAGUGUGCAGACUAUACUCCAGUACUGCUCAAUAUAGCAUACAUUAACUUGCGUCAAGUCACAUUUUCCUCAAACUGGCUACGCAGCCUGCUCAGAACGCUGCUGACACUUGAUCAUUGGGUGACGUGUAAUCUGGAAAAAUGUAUUAUAACUUCACUCGAUCAUGAGGUAAAGGGUAGGCUGCCAGGCAGUCACAUAGGAUCAUCUGCAGAGAAUGCAGGCAGCAUUCCAUUUCAACGUAUAAACUUACAAAUAGAAACGGAUUUAAACAAAACAUGUGCAAUCGAAGUGAGCAACUUCUGGCAAAACUGUCUAUGGGAGACUCUGCAUGGUCUGGAUGUCAAGAAUCUGAGUUUAAGGCCUCCACGUGUUACUCAAUCUUUUGCAUGCUGGAAUCGUGAACCUCAAAUGUUACAGUCACUAGAAUCCCUCUCCCAGCUAGAAACGCUUAGAUUUAAUUUACCUAAAUAUAUAGACCUUCAGCUUCCACCGUCAUUGAAGCAUUUGAUAGGCUCUUUUUAUUCAUUGCUUCCUUCACAACUCCGCGACCUUGUGAACAAACUGUUGACAUGGACUCAAUCAGUUGAGUGUAGAUUGGAAUUCGUUUGUAUUGAUAAAAUAACUAAGUUCGUGUCCCAGAAGAUUCCACCAGAGGAAUAUAUGUCCAUCAAACAGACUCUCGAAGCACUGGAGAAUGUUAAAGUGAAACGAUUUCGAAUAUAUGAAUUUGCACUUAGCACUGAGACCUGGUCUGUACGUGACAGUGUUGGAGUUGAUGAUGGUGGUGAUGAUGAUGAUGAUGAUGUUGGCAAGCUCAUUCAGUAUAUCAUGAAUCAAUUGACGGCCUUGGUCGCAUAUCAAUGCGAAUUCAGAUUAAACUGUGUUAAAAAUCCAGACUUUACCAAAUGAAGUAAUACAUGCGACUACAAGACUAUAUACGAUGGAUCAAAAUAUGAAAACUUCAUCAUUUAUGCUCAGUAAUUUAUUUAAUACAAAAACUAAUACACAUACAUGUAAGUGUAAAUAACUUAAAUUAACGAAAAGUUGUACUCCUUUUCUAUUUAUCAUCUAGAGGUGACAGACGAUUAAAAUAAGUCACCACUGGCAAUCCGGAGCACGUCAAUUAAGGUUCAGUGAUGUUUUCGUCGCUUGUUUUGUAAGCACUUUUAGGCGUGCAUUUUAUGUUCUCUUUUUAUUAUGGAGAUUUUAAUCCCCCGUCAAAAGGAUAGAAUUGGUGUCUGUCCGUCAGUGAUGUUAUUUAUGAUGUAGUUCUCCUAUAACAAUUUGUAAUUUCAAGAAGAUAUUAGAAGUAUUUGUUAUAAAAAAAAAAAUCAUACUUUUUAUAAUGGAAAUCGUGUUGAUGAGUCGCAUUACAUUUAUAUUCCACAAUCUUUUUAAUUAAACAUAUUCUAAAAAGAUUUUGAUAUUAUCUUUAUUCAAUAAAAUAUAUUUUACAACGAAAACAUAUAAAACAGUAUAUUUAUUUCUGGAUCAUCCCUCUUUCAUGUGUAUGAUAUAUUUCCCGAAAAUUGUUUUAUUAUGUGUAAAUAAUUGCAUACAUAUUAUGAACAAACAACAAAAUUAAGUGUAUAUUGAAUGCGACUUCAAAUCAACCAUGUUAGAAAUACAGCCACGAGUAAGUAAAGUAAUACAUGCGACUACAUGACCCCACUAUCAUGUUAACACGUUUGUUAUACAUUUCUAGAACAGCGUUAUGUAUGUACAAAAUAAAUUUGUAGAGGACUGUCACUAUAUGACUAUCUGUAUAUUGUAUUGCUCAUUAUAAUCUCAUUGUAUUUUCAUUUCAUUCAUACCAUGUUUCAGAUAUUUUCAUCAUUCUAUAUGAAAGAUAAAGAUUCUAGAAACAGUAGUCAAUACUCAUUUAAUUUGCAUGCAUGCUUGAAUAAUUACAAAUAUUUUCAGUUGUAUAUAAUUCUUGUGGCGAGGAAAAGACUUAACAUUCCUCAAUUAAUACCAUAUGUCUCUUUGGUAAUUUAAUGCCAUUUCUUAUUGUUGUAAUUCUAAUCUAUAUCAUAAUAUGAUGCAAAUGUAAUGAUUUCUGCUGAAUUGUUUUGAAUGUUGUUAUUAUUUCUGACGAUGGUGAAUAUGAUGAUUUUGAUGAUAAUGUGAAGAUGAGAAUUAUAAUAAUUGUAAAUGAUGAUGACGAAUGUGCAAAUGAUAUGACAAAAUAACGAAUAAGAUGACAGCGAUGAAGUUGCUGUUGUUGCAGGUGAUGAUGACAACGACAAUUAUGAUGAUGAGAUUGUGGUGGUGGUGAUGAUGAUGAUGAUGAUGGUGGUGUUGAAGGUGAUGGUGAUGAGGGGAAACACUCUUUUUCUUCUCAAAAUUUCAAUUUUAAAGAUGGAUUUAGAUUCUGUUGCAUAAUAACUUGUAUUCCAAUCCAGUUCUGGUUAAUGCAAGUAAAUAAAUAUGUCUAAUAAACUUCAUUUUUAA